CUUGGUUUCUUUUUGUUUGGAUGUGAUCCUCACGUAGAUUGAGGGCAUACCCUCUAACCGGACGACCCAGAGCAACUUUACUUGGAACUAAUGCCACCUCUCAGUGGAUUCUCCGACAACUUCUUUCGCGACAGGAAUGAUGUCCUUACCGCGGCAAGGGCUCUUGUCAAGGCGCUUGAACCGUAUUUCUCUCCAGGAAAUGCGCGGGUUCAAAUACCCGUUCAUUCUGGAGCCCAUUUUGACGAAGCUGCGGCAGAGCUAGAAGGCUUCGCUCGGCCAAUUUGGGCUGUCGCUGCUGCUGUCGCCGGAUCAAAUAGCCCAAUAGACUCCGCCCUCAGUGAGUACACAAAUCGCUUAGUAUCAGGUCUAGCGAACGGAGUCAACCCAGCACAUCCCGAGUACUGGGGCGCAAUCGACAACUGGGAUCAGCGCAUGGUGGAAGCGGAGCCGAUAUCAUUUGCGCUCCUUUUAGCUCCAUCCAGAUUCUAUGCGCCAUUAUCCGCUGAGGGUCGAAGCCACCUGGCUAACUGGCUGUGGGGUCUGAAUGGCAAAGUAAUGCCUGAGAAUAACUGGCGCUGGUUCAGGAUCUUUUCAAACCUUGCCUUACAUCGAGUAUGCGGUGUCCCGUACAACGAUGUCAAAGGUCUCAUCCAGGAAGACUUUACCCUUCUAGACUCCUUUCAAAUAGGCAGCGGUUGGUCGGCGGAUGGCCCUUGGAGAAAGGAUGCGACCGCCAGCCAGGAGACGUACGGUCGCCAGGCAGAUUAUUAUUCGGGGAGCUUCGCCAUUCAAUUCAGUCAGUUGCUAUAUACGAUAUUUGCCGCAGAUUCAGACCCUGAACGUGUAUCUCAGUACAUCCACCAAGCGAGACAAUUCGCCAACCAGUUCUGGAGGUAUUUCGACGAAGACGGGGCUUCCAUUCCGUUCGGUCGAUCUUUGACUUAUCGAUUUGCAAUGGGCGCCUUUUAUGCAGCAUUUGCGCUGGCCAGAGCCUACGAUGCUUCGAGCCCCUAUACAUCCCCGGGGUUCAUUAAGGGAAUGCUCCUUCGACAUCUGCGAUGGUGGGCAGCGCAUUCCCAGCAUCUCUUUGCGCUAGACGGCACUUUUACUAUUGGCUAUCUAUACCCGAACAUGUUUAUGUGCGAGGACUACAAUUCACCACAGUCACCGUACUGGGCGAUGAAAAGCCUGCUCAUACUAGCACUGGCGACCGAUGAUGACUUCUGGGCGGUUGACGAGCUCCCUCAUGCCUUGACUUCGAACGGUGGGAGACGUUCGCUCGUGUCAGGGGUCCAUUUGCUGUCAGCCCCAUUCCAGAUCCUCUGUGACCAUCCAGCAGGUCAGCAUCACUUCAUGCUUUCCGGCGGCCAAUUUUGUCUCUGGCCUUUAAAAGCGACGCAAGCGAAGUACAGCAAGUUUGCAUAUUCCUCGGCAUUCGGAUUCAGUGUGCCGACGGGGCCUCUACUCACUCAGCUCGCGCCCGAUAACGCUCUCACUCUGAGUCGGGAUGAGGGGGAAAGCUGGACCACUCGAUGGCAGACCAUUGGAAGCCCCAGAGUUGAGAAAUUGAUGGUCAACAGCAGGGAGCUCCAAUGUUUAUGCAGUAUCUGGAAGCCAUGGCGAUCGGUGGGUAUCGAGGUUCAAACUCUCCUCAUUCCUUCCUGUGACCAUUGGCCGGAUUGGCAUAUUAGAGUCCACCGCAUUCGCAACACUCGGGAAGGCUCAUCCCAGGCUGAAAAGGUCAGACUGGUUGAAGGAGCCUUCGCGAUACCAGCCAAACAGCCACGUCAAAUGCACAUCUUACCGGAGGAUUGGGGCACAACAUCAGACGAUGCGAAUGUAUCCUUCGGAAGUACUAUGGAAAGCAACACAGGCGCCCUCGUAAUUGGGAACGGCGACAUUAGUGGCAUAAGGAACUUGAUAUCUUCGGGGGGUUCACUAGAAGGUAAAGUGCUCAAACCAGAUCCAAACACGAAUUUGAUGGCGUCCCGAACAUUGAUACCGACUAUGCAUCAUGAAAUCCACAUCACACCUGGGUCUGAUGUAGUCAUUGCUACUGCUGUAUUUGCUAUUGCUAAGGGAAAGAGACGCUUCAGCCGCGAGGAACUUUAUGAGAGGUGGCGCCAACAUCCUCAGUUGCCAGAUGAGGCAUUGACCUGUUAA